AUGCCUAGAAUCAAUGAAAAUUGGGAAAAAUAUAAUUAUGUUCCUGAUGAGGAUGACGCAGAAAACUCGAAAAAACAAGCAAAAAUUGUGCCAUUGACAGAUGACGAUAUUCAGGUAUUGAAAACAUAUGGGUUGGCUCCAUACGCAACCAAUUUGAAAAAAAUAGAGAAGGACCUUAAAGACAUUGAAGAUUUAAUAAAAGAAAAGGUUGGCGUGAAAGAAAGCGACACCGGUUUGGCUCCUCCUCAUCUAUGGGAUAUCAUGGCAGAUAACCAAAGAAUGAGUGAUGAUCCUCCAUUACACGUUGCAAGAUGUACAAAAAUUAUCAAACCUUCUUCUAUUUUUGGUAAUAAUAAUACUUCAAAUACCGAAAAGACAAAAUAUGUUAUAAACUUAAAACAGAUUGCAAAAUUUGUUGUUGGUUUAGGCGAAAAAGUUUCUCCGACCGAUAUAGAAGAGGGAAUGAGAGUUGGUGUGGAUAGAACCAAGUAUGAAAUUAUGUUGCCUUUACCACCAAAAAUUGAUCCUUCAGUAACAAUGAUGACUGUUGAAGAAAAACCCGAUGUAACCUAUAGUGACAUUGGAGGCUGUAAAGAGCAAAUCGAAAAGUUGAAAGAAGUGGUUGAGUUACCUCUUUUAUCCAGUGAUCGUUUUGUUACUCUUGGGAUUGACCCACCAAAGGGUAUAUUAUUGUACGGUCCCCCAGGUACUGGUAAAACUUUGUGUGCUAGAGCUGUUGCAAAUAGAACUGAUGCCACUUUCAUUCGUGUUAUUGGUUCUGAAUUGGUUCAAAAGUAUGUGGGUGAAGGUGCAAGAAUGAUCAGAGAGUUAUUUGAGAUGGCAAGAACUAAUAAUGCAUCUAUCAUCUUUUUUGAUGAAAUUGAUGCUAUAGGUGGUGUAAGAUUCGAUGAUGGUGCUGGUGGUGAUAAUGAAGUUCAAAGAACUAUGUUGGAGUUAAUUACUCAAUUAGAUGGAUUUGAUGCAAGAGGCAACAUAAAGGUUAUGUUUGCGACAAAUAGACCAAACACUUUAGAUCCUGCUUUAUUGAGGCCAGGCAGAAUUGAUAGAAAAGUUGAGUUCAGCUUGCCUGACUUAGAAGGAAGAACUAGUAUUUUCAAGAUUCACUCCAAGUCAAUGAGCUGUGAAAGAGAUAUAAGAUGGGAAUUGAUAAGUAGAUUGUGUCCAAACUCUACUGGGGCUGAAUUAAGAUCUGUUUGCACAGAAGCCGGUAUGUUUGCGAUAAGAGCAAGAAGAAAAGUUGCAACUGAAAAAGAUUUUCUUGCAGCAGUUGAAAAAGUCAUCAAGGGAAAUAUCAAGUUUAGCUCCACAAGCCGUUAUAUGCAAUAUAAUUAG